AUGAUUGAGUUCAAGUAUUUAGCAACAAGGAGUGGAAAGUCAUUGGUGUUGUCUAUAGGCAACAAAAAGUACAUGUUUGAUCUAUUUGAAGGAUUACAGAGAUACUGCAUUGAAGCAGGUGUGAGUCUCAGUAAGAUUUCAGUUCUAUUUCUGUGCACUGACAGAUCGAUACCGCCAUUAGUAGGCACGUAUUUGACAUUAAGAGAUAUAAGGCGAGUGUCUCUAGACAUUGUAUGCGAUAUCAUAACCAAGGAAAUCGCAGAGUCGGCAUCAUCAUUUGCAGACCUGAUGGAUAUGAAGAUGAACUACAUGAGCAGCUACUCAGAUGAGUAUGUGAGUGUGGAAAUGGUCAGUAAUGCAUUCUGCAGUAGAUGUAUCGAUCACACAUGCAUUCAGACAAAUAUUAGAAGCGAUAAUCACAAGCAUAACAGAAGUAUGCAAAACUGGUAUUUCUUGGAUAUCAAGCCAAUCCGAGGAAGACUCAUGGCAGAUAGAAUUCCAAAAGAGAUACCAAAAUACAUGUAUUCGAUGCUUACAAGAAGAGAGACUAUACAGCAUAAUGGCAAAGAAUACAACGGAGCCGAAUACAUGGAAGAAGAUGUGAGUGUUGGCUUGAUUGCAAUUAUAUACUGUAUUCAAAAUUAUGAAGAGCUUGUGAUUGAGAUUUGUAAUAAGCAACCUAGAUAUAUAUUUUGCUUCCAAGCAGAAACGAUCAAUGCCUUGGGAUCUUGUUUUCAUGCACAGUACUUUUUACUAGAAGACAACUGUUCUGUUGAAUAUAGAUCAUUAUAUACCAUUCAAGCUGAUCUUAAUGCAAUAUAUCGAGACUUCCUGGUUCCAUUAACGAUCAGCAAAGAUACCUGUAUUCUGAAUAAAGAUACACAAAUGCUUCAUAGUAGAGAUGCUCUUAUGUAUAACAAAUCCUCGAGGUGCUUUUCUCGUUGUUAUGAUGAGCAUGUGUUCAUUGACACAAUACAAGAAACUAACACGACAAAUAAUGCAGAAGAAAGCAUUAAAACAGUCAUUGAACAUGUAUUAUAUAAGCCCAGAUUGUUUUGUGAAUCCAUAUUAUUUCUUGGGACAGGCUGCGCUAUUCCUUCAAAGUACAGAAAUGUAUCGGUGAUUCUAUAUGAGUCUGAAAACAAGGCGAUGCUACUUGAUUGUGGUGAAGAUGCGCUUUUCCAGAUGCACAGAGCGUAUGGAAACAUUGAUGUGCUGAAGAAGCUUAAGGCAAUAUUUAUAUCGCAUUCUCAUGCUGACCAUGUGCUGGGAAUAGUGUCUGUUCUGAGAGCCUUGGAUCACAGUGUGAAUGUAUUUGGACCAACAAGUAUAAAGCCAUUUAUAUCCAAGUUCGGAGUUGAAAAUUACAGAUAUAUUGAAACAAAUCAUGCAAAGGUCUUGGAAAGAAAGUUCAGAAAAAGAUAUAGUAAUUUGUUGAACGAUUUGCAGCAUCAAGAUCCGAUUAUUGCAGAUGAUUAUGUGCUGAAGUUCAGUACAGAGUUUGAAAUAUCUAUCUGUGGUGCUGAUCACUGCUCUGAUUCGUGUGGCAUUCAGAUCAAAGAUGGAAAGAUAUCCGUGGCAUAUUCAGGAGAUUCAAAAGCUUCUGCUCUAUUUGCAUUAAUGUCAUACAACUCAGACGUAAUGAUACACGAAGCAACAUUUACAUCAGAUCAAGCAGGUAGAGCAGCCCAAACACACCAUUCGACAGUUUCUGACGCUAUCGGUGUGUUUAAAGCAUCCAAUUCAAACACUUUGUUGCUGACACACUUCAGCCAACGAUAUCCAAAGGGAAUAGCAUCAAAUGGAGAAUGGAUCCCAUGCAUUGAUUUGUUCAGGUAUAUUGUAGGAUCUGAAUAUCCAAUGGAUAAGGUCCAUGAGUAUUACAGAAAUACAGGUAUUAUAGACGAAUAUAAAUGA